UCCAUUUUUGCAUAAAAAAUAAUCUCUAGGGUUUAGUUCAGGGUUUUCCCUUCUUGGCUCCUUCCUCCAUUAUCACACAUUUCUCACUCGUCAAAAGAUUCCAUCUUUCCUUCUCACUUCCAGGUAUCUCCACCAAUCAUCUCUCCUUCAAAUUCUACAUUCAUGGGUGUGAUUGAUGUCUACAGCACUGGCUGUUUCAGUUUGGUUAAAUCGAACAGCAAUCUUCACCAAUUUUUGGUGCCUCCAAGACCCACUUGCUCUUUUGAAGUGAAUAAUCAAAGAAGGGUCAUUACUAUGGCCUCCUCCACUCUGCCUGUAGAACAUGUCAAUGAGGGUCAACAGCGGUUGACUGGCGACUCAUUCAUCCGUCCCCAUUUGAGAAAAUUGUCCCCUUAUCAACCUAUUUUGCCUUUUGAGGUUUUGUCAGCUCAGCUUGGAAGGAAGCCUGAGGAUAUUGUUAAAUUGGAUGCAAAUGAAAACCCUUAUGGACCACCUCCAGAGGUAUUUGAAGCUUUAGGGUCUUUGAAAUUCCCUUAUAUAUACCCUGACCCUCAAAGUCGUCAGUUGCGUGAGGCCCUUGCCAUAGAUUCUGGCCUUGAAUCUGAUUACAUUCUUGCGGGAUGUGGUGCAGACGAGCUUAUUGAUCUAAUUAUGCGAUGUACAUUGGAUCCUGGUGAUAAGAUUUUGGACUGUCCUCCAACCUUUACAAUGUAUCAAUUUGACGCUGCAGUUAAUGGGGCUGAAGUUAUUAAGGUUCCGAGGAAGCCAGACUUCAGCUUGAAUGUUGAGCUUAUCAUUGAUGCUGUUCAACAAGAGAAUCCCAAAGGCAUUUUCUUAACUUCACCAAAUAAUCCUGAUGGGAGUGUAAUCAGUGAUGAAGAUCUAUUGAAAAUCCUUGAGCUCCCAAUCUUGGUGGUGUUGGAUGAAGCGUACAUAGAGUUCUCAGGACUGGAAUCUCGGAUGAAGUGGGUGAAGAAGCAUGACAAUCUAAUUGUCCUACGGACAUUUAGCAAGAGAGCUGGUUUAGCUGGACUCCGAGUUGGAUACGGAGCAUUUCCUUUGAGCAUCAUCGAGUACCUCUGGAGAGCUAAGCAACCUUAUAAUGUUUCUGUUGCUGCUGAAGUUGCCGCAUGUGCAGCAUUGCAGAAUCCUGCUUACCUUGAGAAGGUGAAAAAUGCAUUGGUACAAGAGCGGGAUAGGCUUUACAAGCUUCUGUUAGAAGUGCCAUUUCUCAAUCCAUUUCCAAGCCAUUCUAAUUUCAUUCUUUGCGAAGUUAUAUCCGGAAAAGAUGCUAAGAAACUUAAGGAUGAUCUUGCGAGUAUGGGGUUGAUGAUCCGACACUACAGUAACAAAGAACUGCAGGGUUAUGUUCGCGUAUCGGUUGGGAAGCCUGAACAAACAGAUGCCUUGAUGCAAGGCCUCAAGAGCAUUUCAUGACUGAGUGGGCAAUGCUCAUCUCCUACUCUAGGUGGGAGCUGGUAGGAUGCUUGAACUGCAAGAAUUCAGUUCUUUUUCUUUACAUGUUCAGACACCCCCUCCCCACAUAUAAAAGGUUCCACUUUUGGAGAUGGAGUUGGGUGUUUUGUUAUCAAAAAAAUUAUUGUUAUUUUAGAUACUGAAAAAAGUUCAUAAGUUGUUUUGAAGCUUUAAUGAAUAAAACAGUUGGCAACGGUAUAUAUAUUGAUCCCGGAAGUACCAGGAUCAAUUUUCCUUCCCCCA